AUGUCUUACGCAUACCUCUUCAAGUACAUCAUCAUUGGUGACACUGCGGUGGGGAAGUCUUGCCUUUUGCUGCAGUUCACGGACAAGCGCUUCCGGACGGACCACGACCUCACCAUUGGCGUGGAGUUCGGUGCCAGGUUGAUCAACAUCGACAACAAGCAGAUCAAGCUUCAGAUUUGGGAUACUGCGGGACAGGAGUCCUUCCGGUCCAUCACCAGGUCCUACUACCGAGGUGCAAGUGGAGCACUUCUGGUCUACGACAUCUCCCGCCGCGACACCUUCAACCACCUCACGCGCUGGUUGGAGGAAGCCCGACAGAAUGCCAACGCCAACAUGGUGAUCAUGCUCAUUGGCAACAAGUGUGACCUGGAUCGCCGUGAGGUCGGGGCAGCGAACCCGACGUGGCGGGUGGACGGCCACAACCGGCUGCAAGGCUGGAUGAGCUGGCGGGACGCAGCCUUAGCUUUGUAUGCUGCAGGCAGUGAAGUGCACUUUGGCACUGUGCCUGUGGAGAGGCUGUGGGCCAACAUUGGCAAGUUCAUCCCCAAAGAGGCCGCCAACAUCAGUGAGGCUUGGUGGCCCUUCCAGUCACACCUCGCCUUUUUGCGGCUCAACUACCGCCAUUUUCACAAGCACCGAUUGCCUGGCUGGGCACGGUACCGCUCUGCACCUGAGCCUGCAGCACCUGCUCCCAAGCCAGUGGCGGUCAAGGCUGCCAAGGCGAACAACGCUGGGAAAGCAAAGGCAAAAGAGGUGACCGCAGUGAAUGACGGAUUCCUCAGGGAUCGAAGAUGGUAUGUCGCGGAGCUCAUGAUUUUGCCCAAACCGAACCGGCCACAGGAAAGCGCCACCCCGCGCCGUGAUGGCCUCUCGUCCCACGCGGCCGACGCCGUGCCGCGCGGCUUCCGAGUAGUGCUUCCGGCCGGCUGCCGUGGUGGACAGGUGCUUCGCGUGCAGAGCCCCGAGGGGAUGCAGGUGGACGUGCAAGUUCCCGAGGGCACCGCCCCCGGCCAAGCCAUGUGGGUCCAACUGCCCGACGUCCCGGCGUCCUCGCAGAACCCGGACUCGCCGGCGGCGGCGGAGGAUGCGGUGGGCUUAGUGCAAGUCUUCGAGCAAGAUGCCUUGAGUGCACGAGAAGCCGCACAGCAACGGCUCAUGGAGGAGAUGCAGCUUCAGAUGGCUCUCUGGGCCUCCGCCUCCGCCGCCAACGCCGCAGCCGCGGAGGCCGCGGCGGAGGCGAAGCCGCCGCCGCCGGCGCUGGAAGUGGCCGCGGCGGAGCCAGAGUUGUCACAGACGCAGGCGCUGCUGCUGGCGGCCGUCGAGGUCGGUGACGCCGCGCAGGUGCUGGCGGCGCUGGAGGAGGCAAAGCGACUGCGGACGAUGGUGAGCGUGGCGCUGGUGGAGGCCGCCAAGGGAUUGCAGGAAGCGGAAGAGGCCAUGCUCACGUGGCGCUGUUUGCGGAGUGCGCUCAUGGAGAACGAUCGACAUGAAGUGGAGGUGUGGAUGGAACAUGCCACGAGCCUGGGCUUGAGGGUGCCGAAGGCGGUGGACAAGGCACUCGAGGCCUUGCGUGAGCAGGAGCAAAGUUCCUUGAAUUCCUUCGCCAAGCGCCACGACCUGGAGCAGCGCUUCCUCUUCGCCACUGAGUGUGGCGAUCCCGAGCUGCUGCAGCAGAUCCAUCGAGAAGCCGAGAUGAUGGGCGUGGAUCUCUCGCAGUUCCGCGGGCCCAGUGGGCCCGAGUUCCGGCCCAGUGGGCCAAGCCGCCCACCCCCUCCCGACACACCGCCGCGGGCGGAUGCCCCGGAGCAUCCGCACGCGGCGGGGGCGGAAGCGGAGGAGGAACACGAGGAGGAUGGCAGGUCGACGCGUGAGCUGCUGGAAGAGUGCCGUCGACGCGGCUUGGACACCUCGGGAUGCCAAGACCGUGAGGAUCUCCUGCGCCUGCUGCGCCGACCCCCAGCCGACGCCGCUCCCCCGCCGCGUGCGGCGGGUGCCGCGCCCUCGGCGGCGUUUCGGCCGGCAGCGCCGGUGGCAGCGCGGCCGGCGCCGCCCAGCGGUGGUGGCACCGUGUGGGAUAGGCAAGUGGUGCCGCCGCGCUAUAUGAUCCACAAGAGGUAUGCCUCCUUGUACUUGCUGGGCCUGGACUGCAGCCGCUUACCCUCCGGCGCCGAGCUCCGCUCCGCCUAUCGCCGCGCGGCCAUGGAGUCGCACCCCGACCGGCAGCAGAACCACGAGCGACAAGAUGAAGCGAAGCAGCUCUUCCAGCGGGUGAAGGACGCCUUCGACCACCUCAACACGGCGGUGAAGUAG